UUAUAUUUUGUAUUAUUUACAUAUUUUCACAAUUAUUAUUAAUAUUCGUAUUUAUUAUAUUUUCACAAUUAUUAUUAAUAUUCGUAUUUAUUAUAUUUUCUAAGUGAGACAGAAGUGAAGCUUCAAUUUACAGGCGUUCAUAAUGUGUUAUGGGAUUGAGAUUAAAAGAGUGAAGCUUCAGUUUACCUAACCUAACCUAACCUAACCUAAAAAAUUAUCAAGAAUUGCAGACACGACUCCACAAUCUUGUACUCGACCUGAACGAAGGCAAGAAGACCAUUGGAGAAUUCCUUCGUGGCAUAAGUCAUAACCUUAGAGGUGGUCAGCCAAAUGUGUAGCCCUUUUAAAUACAUUCAUGAAUAUUUUGUUCUUAUUUUUAAUUUUAAAUAAUUUUAGUACAUUUUUAAUAACAGAACAGAUUAGAGAACUUUUUUGGAUAAUAAAACAGACUAAAGAUUUUUUCCUUUACUUAAUAAGCAAGCUACUAAGUGCAAUAGAUUCCUAGUAUUUUCUCCCGUGGCCAAAAUGUCCUACCCACCGUGGCCAAAACGUCCUAGGGUGACAUCCCGUGGCCAAAUCGUCCGUGGCCAAAUCGUCCGUGGCCAAAUUGUCCGGAUUCCGCCUGGUCCACACCUUCGCCCUGCUCUGCCCAGUCUGCUGUCGGCUUCUCUGAGGAGUUGCUCUGACUACCGCCUUGUCCUGUCAUGGCGGACCACCGAGGCCAGAGUCAGGAAACGCCGAGGCGUUCCUCUACAGACAAGAAACGCCAGAGACGUGAGGAUGACGUGCCUCGUGGAGAUGUUAAGAAAAGGAAGGACCCUGGCUCCUCGCCGCACCGCGCCACACCGCACCCCGCCACACCGCACCCCGCCCCGCCACAACGUGACGAUGACGCGCCACCCCCAGCUGCUGCUGUUGCUGCCGCAGGUCCCAGCGGUCAGAGUGUAACCAGUGCCGCCGCCGGGGAUGUCAAUUAUGACCGUUUGAGCUGCCUGUUGGGCAGUUUGAUAGAAAAACUUGACAAGAAGGCGGAGGCUACUACAUCUAGUAGUUUUACUGGGGUUCAUGACCUCUCCUCCUCAGGGAGCGAGGAUGGCGAGCUUGCAGAGUGUUCGCCAGACCCUCUCGACGGCCUUGACGCUUUGUGCUCCCCACAACAUAGUGGCGCAGAUCCUGAGGAAGAAGUGUUUAUUCAGGCCUUGGAUGAGUUCUCUGGAAUUUUCCACAGUGAGGAAAAGAAAGGCCAGCCUUUGUCAGACCGUCUUGCGUCUAUACUUAAUGAUAGCCUAAGGCGCCGUCCCUCUACAGAAGGCGUCAAAACUGCCUGUAGCAAGAUUAAGAUACCCAGUAAUGUGCCGAAUGUGACUGUUCCUGCUACUAACUCGGCCAUUAUUACCAAGGCCAUGAGUGUCGGGGGUAAACUUUUGGACACACGGGUCUGCCAUACCACUGGUGUGCUUGUUAAGGCUUUAGUGCCUAUCGCACAGUGUAUCAAUGAUAUUGGUGAAAAAAGAGGGAAGCCAAUCGCCUCUUACUUGAGUGACUUAAACAACACACUCAGACUUUUGACAUCGGCAGUUAACUACUUAAACCAGGUCAGGAAGGAAGUGGCUCGCAUCCACGUCAGUGACUCUGCCUUGGCGGAGUUGUGCAAGUGGGAAUGCGAGGUUGGGCGAGACGACUUGUUUCCUUUUGAUGUCAUCAAAAAGUGUGAUGAGAUACGCAAGACCCGGCAGUUGGGCAGACCUUCCUUCCGACCCUACAGGUACAACAGGGCCAGGAGGCUAGCUCCCCACAGGCAAGAUUCAAGGAAGUCCACCUACCCCCAGACCAGGCGACCGUCACAGAGGCCUUUUUUAGGCCACAGAGCCCCUCAAGGGAGGGGCACACAGGCCUACAGGUUUCCCCACUAA